UUAAAGACAGCAGCUAUAAAAAUCAGGGUUUGGUAAGAGAUGCUUUGCAAGGACAACCAAAUCAAAGUGCAAUUUGCUCAGGUGAAAGAGUGGCCAUUAAGGGGCCGGGGGAACCAGAGCCGCCUCAGAAUCCAGCAUAUGUAGUUGAUGGGGUUGGUUCAAAUGAACCCAUGGACUCUGAUUUAAGCAUGAUUCAUCAUUUGAAUGACGAUAUCCGUGCUUUAAGUGAGAGGGUGACAACUCAGAAGUCAUCUAUUAGGAAGGAGAGGCAUGAAGUGGAUUUGGAGACCACAUGGGAGACAAGGAAAUCAAAGAGGAAAGUGGCCUUCUCUGCAUCACCAGAAUGGGCUGCAAUGAAUGAUGACUCCUUUGCGUCCACGGUAGAGGUUGAUAAAAUGGUCGAUGAGGCCUUGGAUGUUAUGGCAAUGAGGGUUAUAGAGAGGGCUUCAAAGUGGGCCUCGCAGAAGAAUGCAUCCUUGUAUGAAGCUCAAGACCAAAUUGCAUUUUUGCGCCGAAGUUUGGAGGAGGUGCACCCUCAAAAAGAGGAGGAGCAUGCAAAUGCAUCAAGGGCACAAGCUGAGGUCAAGGAGCUAUGCCUGAGGGCACAAGCCGACGCCAAGUCGACACAAGCAGAGGUGUUGAAGGCACAUGCUGAGGCUAAGGAUGCACACUUUCAGAAAGAAGCAGCACAAGCUGAGGUGUUGGCUAUGAAAGUUCGAGAUAGGAGAAGUCAGAUAGCAAGUGAGUUUCCUGACUAUUCUUUUUAUCAUUCAAAAAGUAUAGUAUGAUCCAUAUGGUCAUCUUAAGACAUGGUCAUAGCCUCAUAGGAGCCAUCACCGCCACAUGAAUAGGGCGCAUGAAUAGGUUGGAAGUUGAAUGAAAGAUAUUGAGUUCCACAAAACUUCCCAUUAUUCAUUUGUAUGAUCUAAUCUCCAUCCAUCACCAUUCAACCAUUGGUUGGAUGCUGAUGACUCUUAUGAAUGUUGCCUUACCAUGAUCAUAUGGAUCAUACCAUAUUAUGACUUUUUAAUUAUUAGGGAGUGGCCUAAAAAAUUGAGUUCCAUCAAACUUCUCAUUAUUCAUUUGUAUGGUCUAAUCUCCAUCCAUCACCAUUCAACCAUUGGUUGGAUGCUGAUGACUUUUAUGAAUGUAGCGUUACUAUGAUCAUAUGGAUGAUACCAUACUAUAACUUUUUAAUUAUCAGGGAGUAGCCUAAAAAAUUCAUUUGUAUGAUCUAAUCUCCAUCCAUCACUAUUCAACCAUUGGUUGGAUGUUGAAGACUCUUAUGCAUGUAGCGUUACCAUGAUCAUAUGGAUCUUAUUAUACUAUGAAUUUUUAAUUUUAGGGAGUGGUAGCACCGAAAAAUGUGCCGCAUUAACUUAAAAUGUUUAACAAAUCAUGAUUCCAAAUGAACAACCAGAAGGCAAGCACAUUCAGGGUCAAAUUCGUCCAUGUGUUUCAUAUCAUAGAAACACAAGUUUUACAUAUAUUAUUCAAAAUGGAAGAGUUCCAGAGGCAUAAACCUCUGUUACAAUUUACAUCAGCAUAAGAGCUAAGCUGAAUACCCUUAUUCGAACCUUCAAGCGUAUACAUACGAUUUUAAGAAAGAAAAUAUACAUACAUUAUUAUACGUCAUUUUUUACGUACUUGUAUUGCCGAGGCAAAUAAAGAGAGCCCAUAGAACGUGGUCCUACCGGUACCCAAGACACCGCUAGAUUACGGGAACACUGCAGCAAUAAGUCUAAAAUUGAGCGACCUCUAAAAAAGCAUCAAAAUGGUUUCAAGUUGCAUGAGUGGGUAGUUUGGGAUACUAUAAGGACACCUAUAACUUUUCGUCGUGUUCUGAUAAGUUUUGAUACAAUCAAGCUUGCAAAUCAAGUUUCUAUCAUGCUAAAAAGUGACCCUACAUCUACAAACCCUAUCUUUUGGGUCUUAUAAUAGUACUAGACUACCGUCAUUGGAUCCAAAACGUCGAAAAACCCCCCAUGUACCAAAUUUCGGUUCAAUCGGAUCUUUCAGGACCAUUCGAGGGUUAAGUUACCCUAAAAAGGUAGGUUUUAUACUAUUGCGGUGUAGCCUCAACGAACCAAUUUUAUUUACAAAAAGUGUGUUUUCUCAUUUUAUGAUGAUUUUCAAUUGCUCAUGACUUGCUAGUUUUGAGUCUAAUUAAGUCCAAAUUCGAACACGGGUUAGAUCUUGACGACUCAAUCGUUGUGACAUGUGGCACGUGUCAUGGCGUGGCCCGAAAUGAGAGAAUUUCUAAAGAGGAGAAGAGCUCGAAAUAUGAAAAUUCCGAUUUUAUAAAAGAACCUCUUAAUUCUUUGAGAGGCCAUGGCUCAAGAUCUCGGUGUCGGAUUGUCGUAAGUAUGGGUCGGUUGUGACCGUGCGUUGAAGAGCUAUGGUUUGGUAUAAUUUUUAUGUAUGAUCGGAGGCCGGAUGAUAUGAAUUUUGAGGUCGAAAAUGACAUAUUUUUCGAUCGUCAGAAUCCCAUUUUCCGGUGACUUUUCAAAAUUGGAACAUGAUCAAACAAAGAUCAAAUUGGACGAAAUUUAUUGCAAAAUGAUCGUGAUAAUAUCCUCUUCAAUUUGUGAUAAAAAAUGAAGGCUUGGAACGUCAUAAGUCGUAUCGGAGUGGUGGUCGAAAAAUUACAAGUUUACGGAACUUGAUAUGAUUUUGGGUUUUUUUUAAAAAAAUCAGUUUCAAGACGCCCAAAGGGUAUCAAAACGUGCGUAAAAGUUCAAGCAUCGAUUCUACGACGAUUGAUCGUCCGAAUUACCAUCGUAAGCGUUUAAAAAAGCUUUCGAGGCCUAGCAAAUGGCAAGAGGUCCUCAUGGAGGGAUGGUUUUAUCAUUUGUUGAAAUGUGCCUAGGGGCGUUCU